AUGAGUUCGAAUCCUGAUGGUCGAACCGAAAGUUCGCAAAUUGAAUCUCUUGAAGGAGCUGAUACUAGUUUAACAGCUAAAUCUGAUGGUAUCAAAUUCCGUCUCGUUUCAUAUAACAUAUUAGCUCAGGUUUAUGUGAAGAGCUCCCUUUUACCACACUCUCCUCCUGCUUGUCUCAAAUGGAAAGCUCGUUCACAUGCAAUUCUCAGCGUUCUCAGAAAUCUCGAGGCUGAUUUCUUCUGUCUGCAGGAAGUAGAUGAGUACGAUAGUUAUUACAGGGAAAACAUGAAGUCUCUAGGCUAUUCUGGGAUUUAUGUACAGAGAACCGGACAGAGGAAGCGUGAUGGUUGUGCAAUCUUCUACAAGCCAAGCUGUGCAGAGUUGGUCGCCAAAGAUCGCAUCGAGUAUAAUGAUCUUGUGGACUCAAUAAAGGCAGAUAGUGUUUCCUGCAGCAGCGAACAGAAGAUUGAGACAUCCAACGAAGCAAAAGAUUCUCGAAAAGACAGUCGUGACCUUAAUGAUCCAAUAGUGAGACUGAAACGUGACUGUGUUGGCAUAAUGGCUGCUUUUAAGAUCAACAAGCCGUUUCAUCACAUCGUUAUCGUGGCAAACACACAUCUUUACUGGGACCCUGAGUUAGCUGAUGUCAAGCUUGCUCAAGCCAAGUAUCUACUGUCACGACUAGCUAAGUUCAAGACGCUAAUAUCAGAAGAAUUCGAGUGCACGCCUUCCUUGUUACUAGCUGGUGACUUCAAUUCAAUUCCUGGGGAUAAGGUGUAUAACUACCUUGUAUCGGGUAAUGCGAAGCCCGCAGAGAACACAGAAGAAGAGAAAGCUCCAGUUCCUAUGUGUAGUGUCUAUGAAGUGGCAAGAGGAGAGCCUAAGUUCACAAACUGCACUCCUGGCUUCACAAACACACUUGACUACAUCUUCUUCUCUCCUUCAGACUUUAUCAAACCUGUGAGUAUCCUACAGCUACCUGACCCGGAAUCUCCAGAUGUUGAGGGUUUCUUACCGAAUAAUCAUCACCCGAGUGAUCAUUUACCGAUAGGAGCUGAGUUUGAGAUCCGUCGGUAG